CAGCUGGUCAAUUAACUCAAAUAUAAGUUGGAAGUCCGCACAUUCACAUAACUUUUGUAGCAAUUUAGCUUCUCUAAAUGAUUUUAAAAUUUCAAAAUAAUGAACAGUGUUAAUAAUAAAACUGGCGAUACACAAUUCCAUCAAAUCGUUCGUCAAGGCUUGGAGGAAACAAGAAUAUUUUGCGAAAGCUCUGAAUUCACCAAAUCAAUUUUGGAAGUGAGCAACAAUUUAAAACAGAGGCCACUGCACAUUGCUGUGGCCUCACAGGACAAUGCUCUUGUGCUUUAUCUUCUCCAGAAAGGAGCUGAAGUGGAUUCCUUCAAAAAAGGAGACUGGACUUCCCUGAUGGUCUCCUGUACCUUAUCAGGCCCUAAAGCACACCUGACCACAAAAAUCCUCCUUGAUGCUGGCGCCAAUGCCGAGCUCAAGAACAAAGAUGGUUGGACAGCACUGCACCUGGCCAGCAAAACCGGACAGCCGGACACAGUCCAACUCCUAGUCAAUCAUUGUCCAAGUCUCGUCUUGAUUGCUUCUAAAAACGGACGCCUUCCCCUCCAUAUAGCAGCUCUGAACUGCCACCUUGCUGUUGUUAGGGUGUUAAUCAAGGCUGGUGGGACGGACACUGUCCUCUCGCAUGACGUUUGCGGUACCACACCUGUCCUGGACGCAGCUACUGGAGGAAAUACGGAGAUGCUUAAAUUUUUCUCAAGUCUCACAGACUUAAAGUGGCACAGAGACAAAAGAGGGUUUGAUUGCCUGCACAAAGCAGCACAGACUGGAAAUGUUGACAUUUUAAAGUUUCUAGUCAGAGAAAAUUUUGCUUUGGAAACCGAAACGCUUGAUGGAUUUUCUGCAAUCAUGCUUGCCGCUAUGGAGAAUAAAACAGGAUUUGUGCGGGAAAUAAUUAAAUAUGGAGCAGCUCACAAUACGUCUUCUCGAGACAUUUUUUCUUUAAGAAGAGGACUUGGGAAAGAAGAACUUAUAAGAUUGUUUGCCGAGGUUAGGGGAGAAUUGUUUUAUGUGUAAUUUGUCCUUCACAAUUAAAUUUGUUAUCAUAUUUGCAUUCCUUAAUGAUAUUUUCAGAUAAUAUACUGAGCCAUACACAUGAUGAAGAUCAUUUUUCUGGGAAAUUGCAGGUUUUUUCAGUUGUUACUUCGUCUGGCUGUUGCUCUCAUUUGUUUUUCAAUCUCAAAACGCCGAUGAUCAGCUCUCUCCAAAAAGUCUUGUCGUUCCAAAUAUCUACGGAAAAAGCAUAAUGAAAUGCUAUAAUUCAUAAUUUUGUUAAAAACUUUUUUAACUUGGCUGGACUUGUACUAUUUGAAGAGUAAAAUAAUAAUAAUUUGCAAAUUGUACCCUUGCUUGCCGCGAUUAUGGGUUUGGAUUUCCUCGGCCAGACCCUCCUUGCUCUUGAAGUUCUGCCAGUCAAGCUUCGAUUUUUCCAAAGUGCUGAGUUUGGUGCCUUUGCCCUUUAAUUGGGACAUAAGUCCAGCCAAACCGCCUCCGCGGCUUCUAUGUGCCCCAAAGGUUGGAGGUGCUUGACCACUUGACUGCUGCAUUGGCUUCAGGGUAGAUGUUCCAGUCAAACUAAAUUUAAAAGUUGCAUAUUCCAGAAAUAAAGUUCACAUCUCCACUUACACAUGCGUUUCUCCGGCAAACUCGUAUAUUUUUUGUUGCUCUUCUUUCUUGCUGCUAUCACCGAGGGGCUUCUCUUCCAUACUUUUGAAAGCUGCGUCUUUUUCUUCUUCAGGCUUUUUGACCUCAUUGACACCAUUACAGAAUAAUGCACCAGUGUCCUUCUUAAAUGCAGCCCAAAUAUCAUCAGCCUUUUUUUU